AUGCAUCGACAACAGUAUGCCACUGUCCUCCUCACCCUCAUCUUCGACACUUUCUGGGAAUCCAUCGGGCACAGCAGGGAAGAAGUGGUAGCUGGAACAGCACUCGUGCUUAGAUGGCUCAGUGGUGAGAAAGCUGACAACAUCGACGGCUUCUACAUCGUCUUCCGUGGCACCUAUAUCUUCCUUCGGAUCGUCUUCUCCGGCUACGGCUUCUGGAGGCUGGUGGUAUUGAAGGAGGAUGAUGCGCAGGAUGCUCCAGGGCCGGACGAGAGUACUGGGCCAGGGAGCAGGAAGCGGACAAGGUGGUGGGCCGACUGCAUGGACUCUUGA